CUCCCUCGCUAUCGUUCCCGUCACAGCUGCUCACUUGAUGACUGCAGCGGGCACGGCAUUUACGAAAUGGUAUCAGCCGACAGAGUUUGCCCUUUCCAGUUCCGUCAGCUCGGCGACGAUGCGCUGCAAGCCGUUACGUGUGUCCUGUACAUUACUUCUCGGAAUGCUUACUGCACAUUUGCUCCACAGUGCUCUGAAUUUCGGUAGAAAUUCGAGUUGUGUGAGAACCCCCUCUUGGACUUGGAGAAAUAAUCCAGUUCCCAACCGAAAAGCCAAGAUACUUUGUUAUGUCAACACCUAUGGAGCAAACUUUGAACGCAAAGCAAUCCAUGUGCAGAAUACUUGGGCUCGCCGAUGUGACAAAUACUUCUUCACCAGCACGACUCCUCACCCAAACUUAUCGGUGUUGCGUAAGCCCACUUUUUGUGUGCAUGACCGCUUCGAAGUCACAUGUUUCGUUAGCAGUAAAAAUCAUUCAUGCUAAACUAAUUAUGUUAGAUUGGAUACCUGAG